UAGAGGGUACGGUAAAAUGAACAGCGGCCAUAUUUGUUGUCCAUCAUAAUAUUGUUACGCACUCAACAAAGUUUUCUACAAACUCCUCCAAAUUUGUGACCACAAUUACUUCAAAAACAUGACUUCGAUAACCAGGCGGGGUGGUGGAAAUUUGACGCAAAGAAAUACGGGCUCAAAAGGUGCCGAUGGCGGGAAAGGAAUCGAAGACGAGGAGAAUUACUCGCCGGAUUUGAACGAGGAGGAUGAGUACGAAACGGAAGAUUCCAAGGCAAAAAGAUUAACUUUGAUGGAAGAAGUCCUCUUGCUUGGGCUGAAGGAUAAAGAGGGGUACACGUCCUUCUGGAAUGACUGUAUAUCAUCCGGUCUCAGGGGAUGUAUGCUAAUAGAACUAGGUCUCAAGGGUCGCAUUGAAUUAGAAAAGACUGGCAUGAGACGAAGGAGUCUUUUAAACCGUAAAGUUCAGUGUAAGUCGGAGACGCCGACCGGGGAUGUGUUACUAGACGAGGCGUUGAAACUUGUGAAAGAGACGAGCAAUCAAGAAACAACACAAGGCUGGAUUGAAUUACUCAGUGGGGAAACAUGGAACCCGGCCAAGCUACGGUACCAACUUCGUAAUGUCAGAGAGCGCCUCGCUAAGAACCUCGUGGAGAAAGGCGUCCUGACCACGGAGAAGCAGAACUUCCUCCUAUUCGACAUGACGACACAUCCCCUGACCGACACCACAGCCAAGCAGCGCCUUAUCAAACGAGUACAAGAUGGUGUGCUAAGUCGCUGGCCUAAUGACCCCCACCGUAUCGAGAAGAGAUUAUUGUCUCUUAUUUAUCUGGCUCACUCAUCGGACGUCCUGGAAAAUGCAUUUGCUCCUCUCUCUGACGAAGACUACGAGUUGGCGAUGAAGCGAGUUCGUGAACUACUAGACCUGGAUCCAGAUGCUCAGAUCGGCAAACAGGGAGUCAAUGACGUCAUGUGGGCUGUCAUAGCCGCCUUCAUCAAAUGAUCCCAUGUAAAAAAAAAAUCUCAUUUCAUCAUCUCUUGACCGGUUAUAUGAACUUCUAAAUUAAAUAUAUUGAAUCGGUGACUUUUGGAACGCUAGGUGGCAGCACACUUACCAGGUAAAUCUGUUGUUUUCGGUAAGGUGCGCAUUCACAGAACUUUGUAAACAAUGCAAAUUUACCUGAGUCUGCUGCCACCUAGCGUUCCACAGUCUCCCAUUUGGUGGUGUUAACAUGACCUAUUUGUUUGUAUAAAAAAUGAUUACAUGUAUUAACAAAAGACCCAUUGCACAAUGCGGAACGCACUUCCUAAGAAUGCGCGUCCACCAUUCCAAUCAUUUUGGAAGUUUGGAUGUGGGGGGGGGGUGGGGAUGUGUAUGAGUGCGACAACAUUUUUAAAAGAGUAAACGCUUUUGUGGAAACCAUUGUGAGUGUGUAAACUGUUUCUUGGCGCUCAAGCAAAAUCACUGGUUUAAAAGAAAGUAUACUUUUGGUUUUUUUAACUGUUCAGUUGUUUCAAUCCAGUAUAAAUGUAGAAAUAUACAAAACAACUUACUUUAAAGAAUUUUCAUUUCAAAAGACGGCAGCGUUUUUGAGAUUUAAUGGCAUUUGAUAAGUUUUGGAGUAAUUACCAAAGCUGUAAUACCCUCCCUUUAAAUACCGUUGUUUUAAAAAAAAAUACUUUGUGAUCCUAACAACGAGAAAGAAACAUUGUCAACAAGCUUUGGUCUAUGGUUAACGUUACUUGGAUUAUACUUAAGUUUACAAAGAUUAUUAUUUUAUUGUAAAUAAAGGGUCUUAGAGGGUGCUGUAAGUGUAGAAGAAACAGAAGAAACAAAUCUUUGUAAAAAAAACAAAAAACUAAUUUGAAUAUAGUUUCUUUAGGAUUGUAUGUAAAACACACAAAUCUAAUUGACCAACGCCAUACCAACAUCAAGUUUCGAAUACAGUCAUAGAUUCCUAAAGAGGAGAUUGUUUGAAAAUUUCUAGAUACCAAGAACAACAUUCAACAAAAUCCAACACCUAUGCACUUGUUGGACUUGUUUUUUGAUGGGCUCAGUGAAGUUGAGUUGGGGGAGGGGGUGGACAAUUCUUUUUUUUAGCUGAACAGUGCAUGCAUAGUUUUUGCAUUGCAAAUUUGUGUAAAAAUCCUCAAAUUUUCUAUUCAAUAUCUAAACAGGGCUUUAACCACAGUUAGGCCAAAAACAAAGACAUUCACAUUAGCAAUUUUUUAUUAUCAUGGUUGUGCGAUUCUGUUUAAAAUAAUUUCAGUUCAAUUAUAUUUGGUUAAUUCCUUCUUUAAAAGUUAAAUUUAAUAAAAAAAUUCAAACAAAUAUCAGAAGAAUUGAAAACAAAUUGUUUAAAUAGUAUUUU